UUGGAGUCCUGUCCCCUGGUUGGAGUCCUGUCCCUGGUUGGAGUCCCGUCCCUAGUUGGAGUCCUGAUCGUAGCUGGGCUUUGCUGGAGGUGCUGUCCGGCCGGGGAGCAUGCCUGCCGCGGCGCUGCAGGAGUUCUGUGGUUCAGCCUUCUGGAAUGCGUCAUCUCUGGACAGACCGGACCCUGACCUGCCAGUGUGUUUCGAGCAGACAGUCUUGGUGUGGAUCCCACUGGGUUUCCUGUGGCUCUGUGGUCCCUGGCACCUGGUAGCUCUCUUCAAGAAUGGCGUUAAAUCAAAACAUCUGUCCAAGCUCUACCUCUGCAAGCAGCUUGUGGUAGGUCUGUUGUUUCUGACAGCCAUAGCGGGACUGGCGUUGACAGUAGGAGAGGAUUAUGGUCCAGAGAGAGACAAAAAUACAACAGAUGGAAACCCCGGGGUAUUCUAUGCAAAUCCUGUCCUAUAUGCUGUGUCAUGGGUCCUGCUCCUGCUGUGCCAAGAAGGAGUGAGGCGGAAGGAGGAAGCAGUGGAUUCUGCCACCCUCUUCAUCUUCUGGGUGCUUCUGGUUGUGUGUGACGUCUUUCCCUUCCAGACCCUUCUACGGGAGGCCCUCAGACAGGGAAGCGUGCAGGAUCUCCCUCGUUUCUGCCUUUUUUACAUUGCCUUUGGGCUAGAGGUGAUUUCGCUCAUCUUGUCUAAUGUGGCAGAUGUCCCUCCGGAGGCUGAAGAACGUGUUAAGAAGAAUCCAGAGAAAGGGGCCGCAUUUCUAAGCCGAAUAACUUUCAACUGGUUCAACAGCAUGAUUGUGAAUGGAUACAAGCGACCUCUGGUCCAGGAGGACCUGUGGGAGCUGAACGAGGCAGACACUGCGGACUACAUCUUCCAGAAGUUCCAGAACACAAUGAAGUCAGAGAUGAGGGCGGCCAAGGCCAAGUUCCAAGAGAGACAAAAGAAGAGCGGUGGCAAGCUCAGCGAGAAUGUCCAGGGAGAGGACAGACUUCGUAGCGGGCUACAGAAAGGUGUCAGUCAAGAUGUACUGAUGAUGGAGGAAGUGGGAAAUAAAGGAGACAAGAAGAAGCGGAAGGAGGAAAAGAAGGAAGAGGAGGACUACCCACAGUCGUGGAUUAUUCCCACCAUCUACAAGACAUUCAGAGGAGUGCUGAUCGAGUCAGCCGUCCUCAAACUUCUACAGGACCUGCUGUCUUUUGUCGGACCGCAGGUUCUCAAAAUGAUGAUAUCUUUUGCUCAGGACAAGUCCGUGUACACCUGGAAGGGUUACCUGUAUGCAGUGCUGUUGCUAGUUACUACUGUUCUACAGUCCAUCUUCCUGCAGCAGUAUUUCCAUAGGUGCUUCAUCCUGGGCAUGAAGGUCCGCACUGCAAUCAUGGCUGCUGUGUACAAGAAGGCUCUGGUGGUGUCUAACGACGUCCGUAAAGGAUCGACAGUGGGGGAGACGGUAAAUCUGAUGUCAGUGGACGCCCAGCGUUUCAACGAUGUGACCAAUUUCAUACACCUGUUGUGGUCCUGCCCGGUCCAGAUCGGACUCGCAAUCGCCUUCCUGUGGUUUGAGCUGGGGCCUUCUGUGCUGGCUGGUCUGGCAGUCAUAGUCCUGCUGGUGCCAAUCAACGGACUGUUGGCCACCAAAGCCAGAAACAUCCAGAUCGAGAACAUGAAGUUCAAAGAUAACAGGCUGAAAAUCAUGAAUGAAAUACUCAAUGGAAUCAAGAUUCUGAAGCUGUAUGCAUGGGAGCCAUCUUUCCAGGUGCAGGUGGAGGGAAUCAGGAACCAAGAGCUGAAGGUCAUGAGGAAAUUUUCCUACCUCACCGCUGUCUCCACCUUCAUCUUCAGCUGUGCCCCAGCCCUGGUCUCCCUGGUCACCUUCGCCGUGUUCGUGCAAGUGAGCCCAGACAAUGUGCUGAGCCCGGGGACGGCGUUCACCGCCAUCGCUCUCUUCAACAUCCUUCGGUUUCCCCUUGCCAUGCUACCCAUGCUCAUUGCCGCCAUGGUGCAGAUGACGGUAUCCAAGAAGCGCCUGGAGAAGUUUUUGGCGGGUGAUGAUCUGGACAAUGACACCGUGCACCAGGACCCCAGCUUCAGUACUGCUGUGAGUGUGUGUGAAGGAACGUUUGCCUGGGAAAGAGAAGCUGACCCUGUAUUGAAGAAUGUGUCCUUGGACAUCGGACCUGGCCGGCUGGUAGCUGUGGUGGGAGCGGUCGGCUCUGGAAAGUCCUCUCUUAUAUCGGCACUGCUCGGAGAGAUGCACAAUGUCAAAGGUUUCGUCAACGUGCAGGGUUCAGUCGCCUAUGUGCCCCAGCAGGCCUGGAUCCAAAAUGCCACCCUGAGGGACAACAUUGUGUUUGGUUCCCGCGUUGAUGACGAGUGGUUCCAGAAGGUGGUGCAGGCUUGUGCCCUUGCCCCUGACCUGGAGCUGCUGCCAGGCAGAGAUCUCACCGAGAUCGGCGAGAAGGGUAUAAACCUGUCAGGGGGGCAGAAGCAGCGCGUGAGCUUGGCCAGGGCGGUGUACAACCAGUCGGAUAUUUAUCUCCUGGAUGACCCUCUGUCUGCUGUUGACGCCCAUGUGGGGAAACACCUCUUCAGUCAGGUGAUUGGACCCAAUGGACUCCUCAAAGACAAGACACGGAUCCUGGUGACUCAUGGAGUGAGUUUCCUACCCUAUGUGGAUGAGAUAGUGGUCCUUUCGGAUGGGGUGGUGUCUGAGGUGGGAUCCUACCACAACCUACGCACGAGCAAUGGGGCAUUCUCUGAGUUUUUAGAAACAUAUGCCAAACAGGAAGGAAAUGGGACCCCGAAAGAUUCAGGCCCUGGCCCAGACGACGAGGAAGUGGAGUUCUUCCCUGAUGGAGAGGACGUUCAGGCUGACUCUCCAGCGGAGGAUGUGGUGUCUGUCACAUUAAAGAGAGAGAGCAGCAUCCGCCGCAGCCAGCGGGUCGGCAGUUUCAGACUAAAAAGGAACAAUUCUGUGAAAGCAGCGGACCACGCGACAGAUUUAAAGAGGGGGCAGAGGCUGAUAGAGAAGGAAACCAUGGAGACAGGGCAGGUGAAGUGGUCUGUGUACCUGCAGUACCUGCGUGCUAUGGGUUGGGGAUACUCUGCUGUAGUAUUCCUGGCUUACUUGAUGCAGAACGUUGCAUUCAUUGGCCAGAGCCUUUGGCUGAGUGACUGGACCAACGAUGCGGUGCGGUACAACAGCUCCAACUACACCGGCUGGGAUGAGGACACCAGGGUCGGGGUGUUCGGAGCUCUCGGGGUGGCUCAGGGAGUUUUGGUAUUCCUCGCCACACUGCUGCUAGCCAACGGGUCAAUCUCUGCAUCACGUAUCCUGCACUCGAGGCUGCUUGACAACAUCCUGCGAGUUCCCAUGGUCUUCUUUGACACGACGCCCCUUGGGAGGGUGGUCAACCGCUUUGCAAAGGACAUAUUCACAGUGGACGAAGCCAUUCCAACGUCCUUGCGCUCCUGGAUCCUUUGUCUGCUCGGCGUGUUGGGGACGCUGUUCGUCAUCAGUCUGGCCACGCCCAUCUUCGUCGUCAUAAUUGUCCCUCUGGGCGUCGUCUACUACUUUGUGCAGCGUUUCUAUGUGGCCACCUCCAGGCAACUACGUCGGCUGGACUCGGUGUCUCGCUCCCCCAUCUACUCCCACUUUGGGGAGACCGUGUCUGGUCUGUCGGUCAUCAGAGCCUAUGGACACCAGGAACGGUUCCUCAAACACAAUGAAUACACCAUCGACGAAAACCUCAAAACGGUCUACCCAUGGAUCGUCUCGAACAGAUGGCUGGCCAUUCGUCUUGAGUUCCUGGGAACCCUGGUGGUGUUCUUUGCUGCUCUGCUUGCCGUCAUCUCCAGACAGGCAUUGGACAGUGGCCUGGUUGGCCUGUCCAUUUCCUAUGCCCUCAAUGUAACCCAGACCCUCAACUGGUUGGUGAGGACAUCCUCAGAGUUGGAGACCAACAUUGUGGCUGUGGAGAGAGUCAGUGAGUACUCAGAGAUUGAGAAUGAGGCCAAGUGGGUGACUGACACUCGUCCUCCAGAGAAGUGGCCCGAGGCAGGAAGGCUGCGUUUUGAAGACUACAAAGUCCGCUACAGGCCUGAAUUAGACCUGGUGCUGCGUGGCAUCUCCUGUGACAUAGACAUCGCUGAGAAGAUCGGUAUCGUGGGCCGUACCGGAGCGGGGAAGUCGAGCCUGACUAACUGCCUCUUUAGGAUCAUUGAGGCUUCAAACGGACGCAUCCUGAUUGACGGGAUAGAUAUUUCCACAAUAGGCCUGCAUGACCUAAGAAGCAGACUCACUAUCAUACCACAGGAUCCGGUGCUCUUCUCUGGGACACUGAGGAUGAAUCUGGAUCCUUUCGAGACCUUCAGCGAUGAGGACAUCUGGCAAGUGCUGGAGCUGUCCCACCUAAAGGAGCACGUGACGAGUUUAAGGGAAGGUCUGCAGCAUGACGUAGCAGAGGGAGGAGAGAACCUGAGCGUUGGACAGAGGCAGCUGCUGUGUCUGGCCCGGGCUCUGCUGAGGAGGUCUCGUGUCCUGAUCCUGGAUGAGGCCACCGCAGCCGUGGACCUGGAAACGGACGACCUCAUCCAGAGGACCAUCCGCCAAGAGUUCGCCCACUGCACCGUCCUCACCAUCGCCCACCGCCUGCACAGCAUCAUGGACUGCUCCCGGGUCAUGGUCCUGAGGGACGGAGAGAUCGUGGAAUUUGACUCGCCCGGCAACUUGUUUGAAAAACAAGGCCACUUCUACGCCAUGGCAAAGGACGCCGGAAUAACAGGCCUGGACAUCACGGCUCUCUAACCUAAGAGUGCAUCGUCUCCACCGUGGCGUUUGUGUGUCUUGGUCGCUUGUUUGUAGGUAGAAUGAACGUGUUUAUGAUCGGGUAUGUUUUGCAGGAGCAGUUGGCCGGCGUGUAGGAACAUGAUUUGUAACGCGGCAUCGUUUUGUAUAUAAAUAAACACUCUUUUACAC